AUGUCUGAUAAAAUAUUUUUAAAAUCUAUAAAAAUUACUGAUGAAAACAAUGGAUCUAUUAAUCUUUAUGGGCAAGUUAUUGUGCAGCAUUCUAGUAAAGACAAAGAGAAGAUAGUGACAAUAGAAUACACUGUUAAUUCUUGGGACACAGGCGAUAGUGUAACUGCAUUACAAUCAUCUACUCUUUCUAAUAAUCAAGAAUUAUAUUAUUUUGAAAUUUCUACUUUUAAAGCUUCUAAUACACCAAUAUACCUUGAAUUUCGUGCGCAAUUUAAUGUUGAAGAUAUUACUUUUUGGGCUGAUAGUAAUUAUGAAUAUUUAUAUGAUGAGGGUUAUCCUAAAGAAUUCUUUUUUCAUGAUACUGCAAUUGAAAGUACCUCUCGGAAUAAUUCAACAGAAGAAAAUAGCUUAGCACUGAAUGAAAAACACAGACAAUUAGAAGAAGAACUUAGAUCGCUAGAAGAAGAACGUAAACAAAAUAAGGAAGAACGUAAACGUAGACAACAAGAGGAGGAACGAAGAAGUCUGGAAGAAGAAUGUGAACAUAUUGAGCGUGAAUUUAAUAAAGAAAUUAUUAACAUUUUAUAUUCUGAAAAUAAUCGUCAUGAAAAAAAUAUAAAAGAAUUCGCAAGUGAGGAGACAUUUAGACGAAGAACAACACAAACUAAUAAUAGAAGAAGAAGAACACAGACUAAGAGAGAGGAAGAACUUAUAUUAAUCGAAGAAGAACAAUGCAAACUAAUAAUAGAAGAAGAAGAACGCAGACUAAGAGAAGAGGAAGAACUCAGAUUAAUUGAGGAAGAACAACGCAGACUAAUAAUAGAAGAAGAAGAAGAUAGGUGA